UCUGAGUUUGUAUGGUGGUGGCUUGCAGCUGGUUAUUAGUGUUAUUUUUCACUUUCUUUUACAUGCGAUGCAGCGGACUGAUAGCUGGAACAAAACGAGAGUAAAGAUUAUUCGACAGAUUGUUGAAAUGGGUGCAACGAAAAACCAGUGCAGACUGAGUCUAUAGACCAAUAAAAAACGUGUGAGAGAUGUGUUGUACUUCAGUAUUGGAAGCAUACAGAGUCCGAGCUGCAGGUAUUGAUGUGAAGACUAUUCUUGUGCAAUCUACUUUUUCCAAGUCUUUAUUGCUCAGGAAACCGGAGUAGUACUGUUGCUGCAUGGAGAUUUCGUGGAUAGGCCAGCGAAGCAGGAAAAGGCAUUCGAGUGUCUAAUUCAAUUCAUGUACUGCAGCAGCACUGGGGUCGAGCACAUCUGGCAUGCAGUGGACCCAAUGCCGCUUUUUGCUGUAAAGAGCUUAUUACACUGCUUCGGUAUGAGGUAACAUCUUUCCUGUGUGCUACUGGAAGGUCAGAGUUGUUACAAUGUCAGUAAGAUCAGCAGUAGUUCCAGUGCAGAUAAAGAUGGAAACUGGCAGUGUUUAUUCUGCAGGAGUGAAAGAUUCAGUGCAGCAAACAUGGCUACAAAGCUGAAAUUCAACAAAUAAACAUGUGUGUGUUCCUAUCACCUGGUGGUCUUUUGGAGUGAUGGUUUUCACCAUGAUUUUAACACCUGCCCAUUCGGGGAUCCCAGGCACUAUGAUUGUUUUGUAUGAAAAAUGGAACUUGACUACUCCCCAGCCAUUGUUUCACAAUGAAAUAGGCCUUCCCUUAAGGUAUGUUUCUGGCACCAUGGUAACAACACUCCAAACAUCUCUGACAAAUAAUGAAACUUUGCAACCAUCAGAGGAAAUUGAUCAAGGUCUGAGUUUACCGCUGCAGGUAAUCCUUUCUGCAGUGAUGUUCUUCAUCCUUUUAAUCUCAUUCUUUGGGAACUUUGUUGUUUGCCUUAUGGUCUAUCAGAAAGCAGCCAUGAGAUCUGCAAUCAACAUCCUUUUAGCAAGUCUGGCUUUUGCCGACAUGAUGCUGUCUGUGCUAAACAUGCCUUUUGCACUGGUGACUGUCAUCACAACCCGCUGGAUUUUUGGAGAUGUAUUUUGCAGAGUGUCAGCCAUGUUCUUUUGGGUCUUCAUCAUGGAAGGUGUAGCUAUUUUGCUCAUUAUCAGCAUUGACAGAUUUCUCAUUAUAGUUCAGAGACAAGACAGGUUAAAUCCUUACCUUGCUAAAGUCCUCAUUGGCAUUUCUUGGGCUGUUUCCUUUUGUAUGGCUUUUCCACUAGCAGUUGGAAAUCCAAGGUUGCAGAUACCAUCUCGAGCUCCCCAGUGUGUGUUUGGCUACACCACUGACUCUGGAUAUCAGGCUUAUGUUGUCUUAGUGAUGAUUCUAUUUUUCUUUGUUCCAUUUAUGAUGAUGUUAUAUUCAUUUAUGGGCAUCCUUAAUACUGUACGACACAAUGCUGUACGUAUACAUAGUCACCCAGACAGCAUCUGUCUGAGCCAGGCCAGCAAGCUUGGUCUUAUGAGCCUACAGAAACCCUUCCAGAUGAACAUAGAUAUGAGCUUCAAAACACGUGCCUUCACAACAAUUUUAAUUCUUUUCAUCAUUUUCACAUUGUGUCUGGCACCAUUUACUACAUACAGCCUUUUUGCCACAUUUAACAGACAAUUCUAUUAUAAACUCAGCUUCUUUGAGAUAAGUACAUGGUUACUAUGGUUAUGCUACCUCAGAUCUGCACUGAACCCCCUAAUUUACUACUGGAGAAUAAAGAAGUUCCGGGAUGCUUGCUUAGACUUAAUGCCCAAGUACUUUAAUUUUUUGCCACAGCUGCCUGGUCAGACAAGAAGGCGAAUACGGCCUAGUGCCAUAUACGUAUGUGGUGAGCAUCGAUCUGUUGUAUGAAAGGUGCAUUCUGUGCAUUAUAAUGAUCUCUUUACGCAGCUACUAAACUGCCGUAUGUUACCACUACAAUUUCUAGCAAAGAUUUGUACAAUUAAUUAAAUGUAAAUAUAAUUUUCUUCAAGUGGAACAAAAUAUUUUAAAAUUUGUUAAAAAUGAUCUUUAGAUUUAAAAAGUUGUUUUCUUUGACGUAAGAUAGAAAUGUUACCUAGUGAGCUUUGUAGCCAGCCAGCUUGGUGCAGCAGUGCCCCAUCCAUACCAAAUAAAAGGCAUCCACACUGGGAAUAGGUUAAGUAGCAUUUUUCCAUAAAACACUGGGAGUGUCUAUAUGCACAUACUAGAGUUAGGCAUUCAUUUGUCUGUAUUGUAGCUAUUUAAUUGUGUCCUUUUUGGUUGGGACUAAGAGAAUGAAUGGAGCCUUGUCAAAACUAAGUAUAUAACUGCAAUUUAAUUUAGGUUAUAGUAGAGAGAGGAGAGAUUUCCCUGAACUAGGGGAGGAGACUCUAAAGAUAAAAAUCUGCACAUUUCCAUUUGUUUUUUUAGUGCCAGGUGAUGGGCAUUGAUUGUCAUGUGUCCCUUAAGCCACUAGAAUAAGUUAAAGCCUACUGGAAGAAAUUAAAAACAAAUGGAUCCUAGGCCUGGUACAUGCACUGUUAAAGUUUAGCAAUGUUGCACUUUCAUGCCGACAUUAACAUUUCUCACAGUCACAAUAAAAUGCUGGUGUACGUAUAACACUGGGUUGUUAAAUGGUAAAUGAUGACAUGUGCAUUAUAUCUAUGUGCCAUUUUUUUUAAAUCUUUUGCCAUAAGCCUUACAAAUCCUUCCUACUUCCAAUUCCUCGAGUCUUUAGAGAAAACAUUUUAUUCACGUCUUUAGGGCUGAUUACUGACAUGUUUUACUUUUUGUGCUAAAGCUGUGUAGUACAAUUAAGCAUCCUGCUCAGCAAGUAGAAAGCUAUAUUCAUUGAGUAAGGAUUUUUAUUUUUGCCUUGUGGCCCUGUAGUGUAUUGUAACAAUAUGCCAUAGUUGGGCGCAAAUAAUGCAGGGUUUAUGCAUGACUGCAGUUUUUCUUAUCACCAAACGGUAAUGGUUGAACCUUCAUUAUCCCCAUGUUAUGUGGUACAUUGCUGUUAUACAGUGACAUUAUUUAAAAAUGAACUACUGUAACUUUAUAAAGCUAUGUUAUUGCAUGCUAGUACUUGAUUUUGUUUUGAUAUAGUUUUUCAUUGCAGCUGCUGUAUAAUGUGUAUUUAGUACAGUGCAUAUUAUAGUUGUUAAAGUUAUACAUAAUAUUGCUGUCUACCAUAAUAUACAUAAUAAUAUUGCCUUUUAUCAAAUCUUUUAAUAUAGUUUUUGCUAAAUUUUGUACUAGCAUUAUUGUAAAAGAAGAAACUUACCUUUUUGUGAUAAUAUUGAUAAAGAAAUGAUCCACCUUUUUUCAGACAAUCUUUUUCAUUCUUUAUUAGUUUUUGAAGAUGAGAAUGUCUAGAAAUGUCUAGUCUGUGCACAUAACUCUCUGUAACAGUACAUUUUUUCAUUGUAGUAUAUUAUAUAUUACUUAUGUCACCAUUGUUUUUAUAUUUUGAUAAUUUUUGUUAUGAAUAGAAUGGGCACAUUGUGACUGAAACACUAAACAUUACUGAAUGUAUCUCUGCUGUUCUUUGGAUGUGAAGUAUUUUUUAAAUGAUAUGUUGCUGUAUGGGGUAUUACAAGUAAUGGGUUUAAAUACAGGCAUUGUAAUCUUACUUAUUUGAUAACCUACUGUUUUGUAUUUUUUGUAUUUUGGUAUGACUGCCUAAUUCAUCGGUAAUGUAGGAUUUACCACGAUUAUGGUGACUGUAAUUUCCAGCAGAGCCAGCGUUAGUUAAACUGGUGCCAUAGGUAAAGGGGCUGCAUUAUGCCCCUGCUGCCCCCCACACACAUAUCACCCAGUGCCCCCCCCCCAAUCUUGGCCUACCCACACCAUCUAGAUUACUUUUUUUUCCUUCCUUUUUUGUCACAGUUUGUCUUGUUCUUCAAUUUUUUCAUGUAUCAUUGAACACAUUUUAAGUAGGCAAGUUGUGGAGGAAACACCUGCAUUAAAACAGAGAUCCUGCCAUGGGGGUUCUGGAUGCUUAUGGGGUACAUUUUACAAAUUUUUAAAUGGCCUUUACAUCCUGUGAUGGCCUGAACACAAGACCAUGAUUAAGAGAAGGAAUUCAGUUUUGCUCUUCCAGUUUGCUCUUCCAAAAUCCUUUCAUUAUACCCUUACUGACUAAGAGUACACCACAAUAACUGUAGUGGAAUUAAUUGGUUCUAGAUGCUCUAAGGCAGAGUUUAAAGUUUUUCUUAAUCUUUUUAACCAAUGAUGGCCUGAACAUAAAUCAUGGUUAAGGUAAGAAAGUCAGCCGUGCUCUACAGCUCUUUUUAUUUUUUCCCUGCAUCCUUUUCAGUGCACCAUAACUGACCAAGGCUACAGUGUAGUAACUGAAUUAAGCUGGGAGUCUAGGGGUGGUGCAAAGCACCCUGAAGUCAUGGGGUUAUAGAUGCACUGAGGUGCAUUUUAGAGUUUUUUCCAGCCUUUUCAUACAAUGAUGGCAUGAACAAAAAUCAUGCAUAAGGAAAUAAAUUGUCUUCUUUUUCUAUUUCAGUGAAGAAAUGUGUUGUAUCCGAGAUGUAAUGCUUAAAGUUGUCUAAAUAGCAGUGCAUUAUAAACAGAAAAUACAUGUAUUUAUUUGACAUUUGUUAACCGGGAUAGUCAGCUGAGCAAAACCCCUUUUUCAGUGGAGGCCCAGGGAGAAAAGC